UUGAGUCUGAUCGAUCAUAAUGGAGACCAUACUGCAAACCCUCAUACACUGUACCGAUGUAAGUCUUCGUUCAAAGGUUUACAUCCAAUCAAGUCCCCAUCACAACACACUCGCUCGUCAGUCGUCACCAAACCAACCGUAUCGCCAUGGCUGCGCACCUGCGUGAACAGUUUGUUGUACCCGUGGCCGUGUCCCUGCUCGUGGCUGUUGUACCCCAUCAUGUUACGGCAUGGCGGCAGCGGGAGGUGGUGGCCGCUCUGGACCACCAGCGGUAUUCCGUCGUGGUCUGCCGUGGUGGCCACGCAUCGGCCACGCCGGGGGGGUCACUCACUCACGCACACACCCGACCGCUCGCGAGCCGCGCUCGGCUCUGACCGCUGCGGCUCCCCGCCCCGCGGCCCCCGCGCGCCCCCGCCCCGCCGGACCCGAACCUUGAAUGAGGUGCGCGCGCAACACACACAACCGCACACAACCAGGACGCCAGGCGUCGUCCCGCGUCCGACUGUUGACUAA